AUGCUACGGAAAUCCAGAUCAGCCAACUGUGAGUGCCCCUAUCAUCGCCCGCUUCGGCGGCAAUCUUCACAGGCUGUUUGUGUGGUCCUUUUGGCCUGCCUCACUCUGAGAAUGCCUGGGACAAAAUGUGGUGUUUUUGACGGACCAAAACGGUCUCUACUGGACAACUCGACAACCAACAGCUUCACUUUGUCCUCAUCUUCCGCCCAACAAUCAUCAGCUUCCAGGAGUGAAUCUAUCGACAAGGCUGCCAUCCACUCUUCGCCAUCCAUUCUUGCCUCCUCUGUUUCCUCGGCAACUCUCAGACCAUCCUCUUCCCGCUCAGUAACUUCAGGUUUGUCCAGCUCGUUGCACAGCCGUUCACCGCCUCGGAUGAGACGGUUGGACACAAAGAAGGAAGUAUUGCCAGGAAACAGCACCCAGACACAGUUGGCCAUGGAGGAGUUAAAACUCACUAUGGUCGACAGCUUGAAGGGGGUGCUGAGAAAUACCGAAUUGCACGAAAAAAUCGCCAAGCCUACGGACUGGAAACUGCUGCGACUGAUUGGUAUCACUCGAAGUCCUUUUGCGUUUGGCAAACUUUGGCUUGUUUGUCUGGGUAAACUGACCAGGCUCUGGGAUCAGUACAGGCCAAGAGCGCCCUGGGUCCCAGGCAAUGCACAUCAGAAGCCAACAGCUUGGCACAUUUUUCCAACUAAUCGUGUAGAUAAGCAAAUCAGGAAUAUUAAAUACUUUCAAAAAACUGGAUACACUAAUCAGAGAGAUGUUUUGAUCAUCCACAGUAUUUUGCUUUUACUUCUUAUACGUUCUGUCCAAAAUGUGUAA